UUAUUGUGAAAUUUCGCACCGGAAGGGGCGCUCUCCCGCAGCUCAGACCGCGCGCGUGCCUCCGUAUAAGUGCGCGUUCGGCCUCUGCCGCCUUCAUUUGAGCCCGGUCAUGUCGAACAACAGCGCCGCCAACAGCAGCCUCGUCAUCGCCCAGAAGGCAGUGAAGCAGCUCCGUCUGGAGGCCAGCGUCCGGAGGAUCAAGGUUUCUCAGGCUGCCACAGAACUGAAGAACUUCUGUUUGCAGAACGCUCACAAAGACCCGCUGCUGAUGGGGGUGCCCUCCAGCGACAAUCCAUUCAGACCUCCCAAGUCAUGUGUCCUGCUCUGACGCUGCAGCACUGUCCUCUCACGCGCUCCUUUCCAUCCCGAGAGAAGCUAGCAUGCUGUGUGUUUGUGGAGCAUCAUGCAUACUCGUGUCCAUCCUGUGUACUAACUCUGCUGCUGCACAGCCCCCCCGCUGCAGAUUACCGGACUGAAAGACCAGCAUCCCACUGAAUGUCAGUCACAUAAAGUUUAUUUCAUUUGCUGAGCAUCUUUAACGUCAGUAGGAUUUAAAUCACGACAAUGAUUGAGGCUUAACAUUUUCUUCUGGAUCCACAUCAGCUGUUCUGCAAUUUUUUAACAAAGUUUGUUGAAGCAAAAAACAAACAACAAAAGUAACAAGUGUUUUGAUAAAGGAUUUCAACUUUGAAAAUGUUGUCAAAUGUAACCAGAGCUUUAUCUGAUGCCAGAACUAAACCUGGUUUGACCUUAGAAGGAAGUGGUGGUUUGUGUUUCUUGAAAUGCAUCAGGAAUCAUCAUAGAUGUCCCUGUAUAUUAUCAUCACAUAUUUUGUCUGUCUUUGCAGCACACUGCCAAAAUGCAACACAAAUUAAAGUGAUGCCACACUA